GCUGCUGAACUUCAUUGUGUCCACGAAAUUCCUUGCAGGCGAGAGAGAGGAAAGGCAAGAACCAGCGCCGUUAAUGGUCUGAUCAAUCAAGAGAAGGUGCUGUGGAGAUGGGGGAAGUAGCCGCGGUUGCCACCGUGGCCGGCACCAUGGUCGGUAGGAUGGGGCCUAAGCUUGCGGAUUUUUUGCUGAAAAAUCAGAAGCUGCGGGCAGAUCUGGUGCAUGACAUCGAGCACAUCAAAAGAGAGUCCAACAUAAUUUCUGCCACCAUCAAGCAAGACAACAUCGACCGUCCCCCGUGGAGCGGCAACGAACCUCAUAAGCAAUGGAUCAAUAUGGUGCGUGACUUGGCGUGCGCCAUUGACGACUGCAUCGACAGCUUCAUACACCGCAUGCCGCUCAAGACCGGCGUGUCGUGGCCCCGUCGGAAGUACCACAGGGUGAAGACACGGAAGGUCCGUAACAAGUUUGCCAAGGCGAUCCGUGAUCUCAGGAAGACAUCAAAUGAUAUAUUCGAGCUGAGGAGAAAAUACACCGACAAGGAGUUGUAUGGAGGCGGAGGCGGAGGCGGUGGCGGUGGAUCCAACACCUUGGAUCCAGAUGCGCCUGAUGAGGAGAUGGAGACGGACGAGGAGACGGAGGCGGACACCGCCCUUUCGACUGCUAGCCUACAUGUGGGCUUGAAGGCAGCCAGGGAUGAGGUCAUGGAGAUGAUAAGUGAAACGGCGCAAGGCCAACAAGCUAAGGAGCUCAAGGUGAAGGUGAUCUCCAUAGUCGGAUUCGGUGGCAUAGGGAAGACUCUCCUUGCCAGGCAAGCCUACGACACGAUCAAGAACCAAUACCAAGCAUGCGCUUGGGUUUGUGCUUCAGACAAGCGCGCAAAGGCUGUUCUCACAGAGAUACUCCGGAAACUUGAGAAGCAUCCGACCGUUGGCAAUAGUGGUGGAAGUGCAGGCAGCUCCUGCACCAUGAACAAGCUCCGUGCAACCAUAAGAAGGUUCCUUCAGACAAAGAGGUUCAUCAUUGUGAUAGAUGACAUGCGGGAAGAUUUUUGGGAAGUUGUAAAAGAUGCGUUCCCUGUGGUUCCCGGGGAUAGUAACAGAGUAAUCAUUACGACGGCCACUCAGACCAUAGCAAAUGAAUGCAGCUCUGCAAAUGGUCAUGUUUAUGUAAUGAGAACUCUUGACGAGGACCAUUCUAAACAAUUGCUAAUGGAGAUAGCCUCCUUGGAUCAGUGCCCACCACUAGCGAGUGAAACUGAGCUCUGUUCAGAAGCACUAAAGAAAUGUGAUGGUCUACCCCUUGCUCUUGUUACAACAGGCAAGUUAUUGCAUGGUGAUCGCACACGGGAACGAUGGGCAAUUCUGUGUAAAACCCUUGGCGUACAUCUGGAGAAUAAUAAGAAGUUAGCAAGUAUGAAGCAUGUGCUCACUCGUAGCUACACUAGCCUUGGUAGCCAAGAUGUUAAGAACUGCUUGCUAUAUCUGGGUAUUUUCCCCGUUGGUCGUCCAGUCAGGAGAGGAAGCCUGAUAAGGAGAUGGUCAGCCGAAGGGUUCAUCCCAGCAGAGAGUGCCGCUAUAGGAAAUUUUGAUGAGCUGGUCGACCGGAGUAUCAUUCAGCCUAUUGAUGCCAGCAGCAGCAACAUCACAAAGGUGAAGACAUGCCAAACCCACGGCAUGAUGCUCGAGUUCAUCAUGCACAAGUCCAUGUGUCAGAACUUUGUUACUGUGUUGUACGAUAACGCUACCCUAUCCGGUGAUGUCCGCUGGCUUUCUCUGCAUGGUGCAAGCUCCAAAAUGGAUCAAGAGAAUUUGCAUCUUGUCCGGUCUCUGACAAUCUUCGGUAAAGCGCACAAAUCUGUCUUGGACUUCUCCAAGUAUAGACUGAUGCGAGUCUUGGAUUUGGAAGGGUGCAAUGAACAUUUGGAGGACGAGCACCUAAAGGCAAUAUGCAGCAACUUGUUUCUGCUCAGGUACCUAAGCCUCAGGGGCGCAGCUACAGUUAAGGUUCUUCCCAAAGAGAUCAGGAAGCUUCAAGUUUUGGAGACGCUCGAUUUGAGAGGAACGAAUAUAGAGAUCAUGCCCACACAAGUCAUGCAGCUGCCAUCUUUACUUCAUCUGUUUGGAAAGUUUAAGCUCCCACAAGGUGUAGGAGGCCGGAAAAUGCAUAAACUACAUGCUUGGUUGGAAGAGAAUAGUAAACUGCAAACAGUAGCAGGAUUUGUUGUCGACAAUAAGAGCCAACGAUUUGCACAAGUGAUGAAUCAUAUGAAGGUGCUGACUAAGGUGAAAAUAUGGUGCGAGUCUACCGCCGAUGCAAACAGCUCAAGUCAUGUCUCAAAGGGCAUCAAGACGUUCAUGCGGAGAGGCACUGAUUCUUCUGACAAUUCCAGUCAUCUCUCAGAGGCCAUCAAGGACUUCGUCGAGAGAGGCGCAGAUUCAAACACUUCACUUUCGCUCUCAAUGAACUUCAACCACGAAUGGCCUCAAGACUUACAGAAUUUCUCCCUGAAGAAGGACACAACCUACUAUCUAAGAUCACUCAAGCUGCAAGGGAACAACAUAUGCAGCCAGCUGCCUCAGUUUGUUACCAUGCUACGUGGUGUCACUAAGUUGUGCCUUCAAUUCCCUCGUCAUCAGCUGAGUGCUGACAUUCUUGUUUCCCUGGGUAGCGUGAGAGGCCUGAAAUACCUGAAGCUCAUUGCAACCCAGCUAGACAUGCUCGUCAUCGGACAUGAUAUACUCCGAAACAUGCGGCACCUAUGCGUCGUGGUGGAAGUUAUGACUGGGAUGGUAAUCGAAGAGGGAGCUCUGCCAUGCCUCGAGUCUCUCCAGCUACUGUGUAAGGAUCUCAACUGCUUUAGUGGCACGAAGAUCCAGUCCCUACCAUGUCUGAAGGAGGUAGCCCUCCAUGAUGGAGUGUGCAAGGAAACAAAACAGGAGUGGGAAGGAGCAACGAAGAACCAUCCCAGACGUCCCAGGCUCUUGUUUUUCACAAAAAAGAUGGUUGAUGAUCAUUUCAUGGGAAGCGAGGCUGCUGUGGAAAUUAGCCAUGCGGCAACAACUACGGAUACGACGGCUGUGGAAAGUGAGCCUGCGCAGAAUUCCGAGAGCCAUGAUGCACCACCUACUGAUACCACGUUAAUGGUGACAACAUCCCCUGAUGUUAUUUCUACCCGAGAGUCUGUACAAGUUGCUACAACUUCUGAGAUGGUUGGUGCUCAGGACCUGAUGGGAACUGAUUCUGCUACAGAAAGUAGUUCUGUGGCAACAAGUACUGAUACGACCAAAAAGAUUGAUGUGGAAAGUGAGCCUUCAGAAAAUUGUGAGAGCCCAGUAGCACCACCUACUGAUAUGAUGUUAUCAAUGACAACGGCAGGCAAUGUCAUUUCUACUGAAGAGUCUGUCCGUCUUAAUGGUGGCUGUCAACAUGGUGAUGAUGGGAAAGAUGUGGAUAACAUUGAGGACCCAAAAGAUUUUGCUACAAAAGAUGGUCGGAUCACUCAGGUGAUAGAUCAGAUGAACAAUGAAAGUUUUAAAGAGGAGAUGGAAGGAGUGGCAGAUGUAGAGGAUCAGCAGAUGGACAAUGGCACCCAGGGCCUGCGUGCAAGGUUGUUGUCGCUGGUGAAAAUUGGUAUCUUUCAAUAGAGAAAUCGACAGGGGCGGUUGGUGCCUUGACUGGGUUAAUCUUGCUCAGGACAGGGCUGGAGUGUGCUUUGAGUAUCUGGUUGGUGCUUUAACUAGUUGUAGCUUCUGUUGCUUGGACAACUAGGCUGUCUUGUUGAGCCUCUGGACAUUGCUUUAUCAAUUUCUAAUGUGGUAACGGUGGACUCUCAGGUGCUUGGUGUACCUGACUGCUACGGCUAUGGGGAAUCAUCUACAGAAGAUGAUGAAGUGCUUCUGAUAAAGUUUGUCCUGAAUGCACAUGAGUUUUUUCUCGUGAAUUCAGAUUUGGUAGCUUUCUGCUGUCCUGCGACAGAGUCCACCAUGUAUGUUGUUGGACAUAUAUUUGGUCGCGUUCGAGCUUGGCGUGUACUUCAGGAAACUUAAUUAUCUUCCUUCAUACAGUCAAGGAUGAGCUUCCUGUUUUAUAAUUUAAUUCCGCACGCGGACAUGCUAGUAAUAGAAUGUCACAAGUUACAUGCCUAUUAUCAUUAGCACGAGCUCUAUCACAAGUUA